AUGCCAAAUGAAAUCCAGGAUUUCAUUUUACCUCAGAUAUGUCUUGUUUUCCACCAGAGCCAGGCAGAGGCCCACUACAAGGGGAACCGCCAUGCUCGGAGGGUGAAGGGGAUUGAAACAUCCAAAACAUCUCGUUUCCAAGAUGGCGACAAGCAGCACCCUCCCCCUGCAUCUCCCUCCCCACCAGGCAUGUCGCCAUCUAGCCCUGAGCCUGAUCCUAAUAAGCAGGAUGACAUCCUAAACUGUCCCAACUUUAACAAUUCACCUUUGACACCUAUCUGCCUUCCAACACCCAAACUGAGCUCAGAUGCUGAGUGUCCCUUCAUGCCUUCUGUCAGCACACUUUUACCCUCCCCUCCCUCCCCCACCGCGCUCCUCAGCACCCCCCCAGUAGAACCAGCAGCGGCUGGUCUUCCCGACACCCCGUCUCCAGCACCCAGCCCUUCUUCAGGAGAAUCAGAGGAAGAGAAAGCCAAGAAGCUUCUCUACUGUUCCCUGUGCAAAGUUGCUGUGAAUUCCCUCUCACAACUGGAGGCACAUAACAAAGGUACCAAACACAAAACCAUUCUGGAGGCUCGCAGUGGACUGGGGCCCAUUAAAGCAUAUCCACGUCUGGGCCCUAAACUCAGCCCAGAGCAGGGGGGGGAGCUGUCUUCUGACCCCGACACUCAGGAACGCACCUUCCACUGUGAGAUCUGCAAUGUCAGAGUCAACUCAGAACUGCAGCUCAAACAACAUAUAUCUAGCCGAAGGCAUCGGGAUGGAAUUGCAGGGAAACCCAAUCCCCUUCUCAGUCGGCACAAGAAGCGCACUGACUUUAUGUCUCGUCGAGAAGUAGACGGUACCGCCGUGCUCUUCCCCGAGCACGAGAAGAGGUUUGUCGCCGACAGGGUGACUCAACACCUAGUUAAGUGUACUGGAUACCCCGGUCACCCGCGGGGGGCGGUAGUCCCCACUCUACAGAAAGUAUACGAGUAUAAGGUGGAGGAGCAGGAGGAGAGGCCGGAGGUGAGACUGACGCAUGGCGCAAUGUCGACUAAAUGUCAGCCCAAUUCUGAUAUGCUAGAAGGCGGGUGA